CAAUGAACUGACCAGAAGAAGCAUAACCCCAUAUGCCCUGAAACAGCUGUUCUACUUAUUGACAGACCGAGAAAACCAGCAGGGACAAAGUUAAACAGACCAGUGACCCAUAGACCAACAACUCCGUAGUUUCAUUAAACCCCCAAAAAAGCUUUCUUAAUGCUCUUUCUCUGCUUUCACGUUUUGUUCUCUUUAUUUUUCUUUCACUUGUGAUGCUUUCUUGCUAAUCUACGAGAGUACCUGUCUAUGGCUGUGUCAGUUGCACCUGGUGAGAGCAUGGCAUCGUUAAGUAGUGAUCUGUUCUAUGACAUAUUGAGGCGUCUUGAUGGCCCGACAUUGGCCAGUGCAGCUUGUGCCUGUGUUGCGUUCUGUUCCAUUUCAAAAGAAGAGAAAUUAUGGGAAAAUGUUUGUUCUUCUAUGUGGCCUUCGACCAGCAGGGAAGAUGUUAAAAGUUUAAUAUCGUGUAUUGGUGGAUUCAGAAAGUUUUAUGCAGAUUGCUUUCCGCUUAUUGUUAACAAGGAAGUGACUGAGUAUCAAUGGAACGAUCACCUAGAGUAUCCUGAAGAAUGGACUGAGGCUGAAUACUAUGGUGAUGUUGAUGAAUUUGAGAAUGUUGCACCAUCAGAUUUUGUGUCGAUUGUUGAUAUCAGGUACAAGGAUAGAACAAUCUGUUCGAAAGUCCUGUGGGGCAUCCCUAAUGCCAAUGAGUUCAAUGGUUGGUUUUACAACUGUCCGUUUCGUAUUGAUCUUCUUACAUAUGCAGCCAGAGAUGAUGAUAAUGACUGUGAAGUUUUUCUUUCGGUUUCUGAUGGUCUGCCCCCAAUUUUAUCAAUGGAGAAGGAAAGAAAGGAUGGAAAGCUAUGGAUGGAGCUUCGUGAUGGGCUUCGGCUUAGUUGGAUUGUUGUUAACAAAAAAGUCAAGCAAGCUGCUAAUCUUGGUAGCUGGAGCCCUCUCGGUGGGCAAAGGCAUUGGCCUACAGACAAGGAUUUUGUAAUACGCUUUGGAUCCGUGCUUUCUGCAAAAGGCAUUCUUCCAUGCCAGGUAGUAGAAUGCAUUCUUAUCAUGAAGUUUAGAGUGAUCCAUGCCGAGGGAGAGGGUGUUCAGACAACUCUCAAAUUAACAGAGCUGAGCAUGCAGUUGGAAGACAUGGAAGGCGCUCAUGUCAAUGGAAGAAAUAGUUUGAAUGUUCUCAAAAAAGCAUUGAGCUGCCACAGGAGCAAAAACUAUAGUGAAGUUCUCGAGUCUUGUCAUUUGUACUCAAAAGCUCAGAGCGAGUUAAAAGAGGAGAAGAUGAGAAACGAAAGCAGGUUAGAUAGACUUCGUAUAAUAUGCGGCAUUGCUGCUUUCCUCACAUUCUGGUACUACAUUUUGUGAGACUGAAAUGCAUCUGUUAUUGUGACCACUGUUAGCCUGAUCUCCAACAAACUUUCGAGACCUGUACCUUAUUUGAUGUAAAGAUCAAUUUUGUUUCAGCUAAUAAAAAUUACUGAUCUCAUUACCAUGGUUAA